AUGUGCGACAACAUCCAACCUGUCGCCCUAGAUGAGCUAGAACAGGAGCUGUUAAUUGGAGAGAGCGAAAAACACCAAAGCAGUUGUAACGGCCAGAAGCCAAGACGGAUCGCCCCUCGCAAGAGAUUGCCCAAGCCCGGAAGCUACCCAGAUGACUUCUCGCCCUUCAGGAUGACAUCCGGUGACGGCAUGGUCGUCAGCCUCUCUUACCUAGAGAUCAAACGCGACCUGCAGACCAUCAACGAGCAGUGUCGCGACAUGUUCCAGUCCGUCUACUACGCUGAGGUGGGUUGCGAGGACAUGGAGCAGAGCAGCAAGGGCUCGAAGCCCUGUGCGCUAUCGCCAGUGCGAGUACAAUCAAUCAUCGCUGCAAGAAGAAGCAGAGGGCCGUGCAUGAAGCAGCCGACCUCUAGAGCGGAGGAGACACGGAUGAUCAUGGCAGCGGUCAGGGCUUCGUUGCAGGAGAUCAGAAGCAGGCAGCAGGAGGACAAUAUAAGUGAUGAAGAGAAGAGUGCUAUCAUGCGUAUGAGGGCGAGCAAGCGACCGAAAGUAGAAGACAAAUUCCCCGGCAACAAAGUUGCUAGUCAAUGGAUGGAUACUUGUAGCUCGAUCGUGAUUUAA